AGCUGUGGACAAACAGUUCAAACCGACAGACAAGCAGAUGGGGGGCACCAUUAUGUCGGAAUUAUGUGCCAUGAGGCUUACAGGUAUAGGCGGUACUAGGCAGCAUAUAAUGAAGAUGAGAGAUUUAUCCUCUCAGUUGAAAUCCUUCGAUAUGGAGCCUACUGAGCAAUUCCUGGUGCAGUUAAUCCUGAACUCCCUUCCUCCUCAGUUUGAUGCCUUUAAAGUAUCUUACAACACAUAUAGGGAGAAAUGGUCAGUUGAUGAAUUGCUGUCCAUGUGUGUGCAAGAAGAAACUAGGCUGUUGAUGAGUGGAAAGGGUGCACCUAAGGAAGCUCAUCUGGGAGAAAGCUCCAAUAGGGGUGGCAGUAAGAAGGGAAAUAAGGAUGACAAGAAGAAAAGAAAGAGAAGAAUCCCUCCUGCCACUGCCUUAAAUAAGAAGGAUGCCAAAUGCUUCUUCUGCAAGAAGAAGGGGCACAUGAAGAAUGAGUGCUCCAAGAGGAAGGCAUGGCUUGAACGUAAAGGGCUUCUUAACAAGCAGGCCACCACAUCCGAGUGAGGAAUGGGUUCUAUCAGGCAGCAGGAACCCAGACCGUGUGGAGUUGGUUG